AAUCACAAGUUCACAACAGUCAUAUCUUCUAUUCUAUCUACUACAUCCUAAAUUGUAAUACUUUUUUUAACAGAAUAAUAGUAUAGCAGCUUCAAAGUUCUAAUAAUGGCAAAACUCCUUUUGCUCCUCUUCUCUUUAUUAUCGCUUUCUUUGGUGAGAUUGGGAACUCCUGCAUCAAUUUCUCCAGAAGCUUAUUGGAAACUUAAGCUGCCGAACACUCCCAUGCCUGAAACCAUCGAAGAGUUAUUGGCCCCGCCUGGAGAUGAACCAAUCAGUAGGCCAAGUGCAAAAGAAUCAUUAACCAGUAUUAAAGACGACGAUGGGUUGUUAUCUCAUCGUAAACCUUCUUUGAGAAGUCUCAAUGGUUACGCAGCACUAUUAUCUUACAAUAACAAAGAGUCCUUUGCUUCCUCUCACCCCCGCAACUUGGAAUCUACCAACGGCUAUGAUGGAUCGUCAUCUUACAACAAGAAGGGAUUAGAAUCUACCAACGGCGGCUAUGGUGCCUUGUUAUCUUACAACAAAAAGGGACUUGAAUCUACCAAUGGCGGCUAUGGUGCCUUGUUAUCUUACAGCAAAAAGGGACUUGAAUCUACCAACGGCGGUUAUGGUGCCUUGUUAUCUUAUAGCAAAAAAGGACUAGAAUCUACUAAUGGCGGCUAUGGAGCCUUGUUAUCUUACAGCAAAAAAGGCCUAGAAUCCACCAAUGGUGGCUAUGGUGCCUUGUUAUCUUAUAGCAAGAAGGGACUAGAAUCUACCAAUGGUGGCUAUGGUGCCUUGUUAUCUUAUAGUAAGAAGGGACUAGAAUCUACCAAUGGCGGCUAUGGUGCCUUGUUAUCUUAUAGCAAGAAGGGACUAGAAUCUACCAAUGGCGGCUAUGGUGCCUUGUUAUCUUAUAGCAAGAAGGGACUAGAAUCUACCAAUGGCGGCUAUGGUGCCUUGUUAUCUUACAGCGAGAAGGGACUAGAAUCUACCAAUAGUGGCUAUGAUGCCUUGUUAUCUUAUGUAAAACAGCCUGAUGAUCAUGCUAAAGAGUCGAACCUUGAAACCCAAGAUCAAGUUUUCUUUGUGGAAGAGAGCCUUCAAGUAGGAGGAAGAAUGGCCUUGAAAUUCCAAAAGGGUGCCAAAGAGGGUUUCUUUCUACCUCGCGAGAUUUCCAAUCAAAUUCCAUUUUCAUCUGACAAAAUUCAGGAAACUCUUCGAAUUCUUUCGUUAGACCCUAAAUCAAAGGAAGCCUUCGUUCUUUCAAAGAGGAUUGAGCUGUGUGAGGAGCCUACAGUCGAAGGAGUCGAGAAGAAAUGUGUAACUUCACUCGAAUCAAUGGUAGACUAUGUAAUCUCCAAGAUUGGUACAAAUGUAAAAGCACUUACAACUCAAGUAGAGAAAGAUCACUCAAUGAUGGAGUAUACAAUCAAAGGGGUGAAAGAUCUCGCAAAAGAUGAUCAUGAGACUGUAGUUUGCCAUAAGAUGGGGUACCCUUACGCCGUGUUUUUCUGCCAUAGGACAAAGACAAUAAGGUCUUACAUGGUUUCUUUAGUAGGGAAAGAUGGUACCAAGAUAGAAGCAGUUGCAGCAUGUCACAAGGAAACUAAUGAAUUCUUAGACAAUUAUGCGAAAAAUGUUCUUAAAGUUGUGCCAGGAAGUACCCGUAUUUGCCAUUUCCCCGCUGCUAAGGAAACCAUUAUUUGGGUUUCUAAGUAAGAUAUUUUGAGCUUGUUAAUGUUGUCUAUUAGCUGCUUGCUUUACAUUACCUUGGUUUGAUGUAUAGAAAUAAGUUGUGAAUUCGGUACCUUAUUGUUUUGCCCUCUUCACCAGUUUAUGCUUGCAAUGUUAUGCAGCUUCACCAGCUUGUUAAGAGUACUGAAUGAUAAUUUGAUGUAAAAUAUCUUGGUUGUGCAACAUAAAUUUGAUGGAUCCCUCUUGUAUUA